UCCCAAGGUUGCGGGUUCGAGUCCCGCGUCAGACGAUGACAUCUGCGCUCAACCAGCCUUCUUUUUUCUUUUUUUUGGUUUCUUUUUGAACCAACCCUCAAUUCGUAUUAGGCCAAUAGCCAUCAAGGGGAGCUGGUUGAGGUCCUGCUGCCGGGUACUCGAAGAUCUUUUGUUUGGGACGGCAAUUUUUGCUCACGGUCACAGACCAUUUCUGCUCCCUGGCCGGAGCCGCGAUGAACCAGAGCUCAUCAUGCAGGCACUCCUCCGACUCCGAUUGAAGCCCUCGUUCGCGCAAGUUCGGCAAACCCGGCCAUGCGCGCUCGCGCGUCCUAGCCUCCGACCAUUCAAUCCCUGCUAUAUCUCCCUCCGCCGAGCAGCAACCGUAUCGAUUUCCCGAAACCUCGACCUUCCGGCUCUAGACACGAAAUGGCAAGCGAAAUGGCAGAUCACGGGCGCGUCAUUGCGACCGGCCGCCGAGACGAGCUCGCAAUCCAAGCCCAAGUCCUAUGUCUUGUCGAUGUUUCCCUACCCCUCUGGCACUUUGCAUAUGGGUCAUCUUCGAGUAUACACGAUAUCCGAUGUGAUCUCACGGUACUACAAGAUGCGCGGCCAUGAUGUCUUGCAUCCUAUGGGGUGGGAUGCAUUCGGGCUGCCGGCGGAGAAUGCGGCGAUCGAGCGAGGCGUGGACCCAGCGGCAUGGACGGAACAGAAUAUCGCGAAGAUGAAAGAGCAGUUGAAGUGUAUAUCUGCUUCAUUUGACUGGGAUAGAGAAUUGGCGACCUGCGCACCCGAAUUCUACGAGCAAACGCAGCGGAUUUUCCUGAUGCUGUACGAAAAGGGAUUGGCAUAUCAGGCUGAGGCAUUGGUCAACUACGACCCCGUUGACAAGACUGUGCUGGCAAACGAACAAGUGGAUGCGAAUGGCUUCUCAUGGAGAUCGGGCGCGAAGGUUGAGAAGUUGAAUCUAAAGCAGUGGUUCUUCCGUAUCACUGAGUUCAAGGAAGCUCUCUUGAAGGAUCUAGACUCGCUGUCUGGUGGUUGGCCCGAACGCGUCCUGUCCAUGCAACGGAACUGGCUUGGGAAAUCACAUGGAGCAAAUGUCACAUUUCCUGUCACUGUUGGCGGAGAUGGCCAAGAAGUCAAGGUGGACGUGUUCACGACGCGCCCGGAUACUCUGUAUGGUGUUGAGUACCUUGCCCUGUCGUUGGACCAUCCCAUCGUCGCAAAGGCCGCCGAGAAUGAUGCUGCACUUCGAAAAUUCUUAGACGAAGCUUCCUCAUUACCGGCGGAUUCGAAGGCUGGUUACCGCCUGAAUGAUGUGUUUGCGUCCCAUCCUUUGCGCAUGAUCGACACUGAAAGCUCGCACAUUCAGAGGAAGCUCCCUAUCUUCGUCGCGCCGUAUGUCUUGAGUGACUAUGGAGAGGGGGCUGUGAUGGCCGUUCCUGGCCAUGACUCUAGAGACAUGGCCUUUUUCAAAGAAAAUGUCAACCCAGAGUACAUUCCUAUUGUCAUCGAACCAGAGUCUUCCGGAAAGGCAACGAGCGAUAGCACCGUACUGGCCAAAGGAGCUAAAGCCUUUACUCAAGAUGGUUUCCUGACCUCACGAUGCGGAAAAUACCAAGGUCUUCACUCCAAGGAGGCUGCAAAGCAGAUUGUGGCAGACCUGGAAAAGGUCGGACAGGCUAAAUUUGUCGAGUCCUGGCGACUUCGAGACUGGCUGAUCAGCCGGCAGAGAUACUGGGGAGCUCCUAUUCCAAUCAUCCACUGUGGUGAUUGUGGCCCUGUUCCAGUGCCGGCGAGGGACCUGCCCGUCAAGCUGCCCAAGAUUGAAGGAGAUUGGCUGAAAGGAAAGAAGGGCAACCCACUUGAGUCAUCCGAGGAAUGGCUUCAUACCAAUUGCCCCAGCUGUGGCGGCGCUGCAAAGCGUGACACUGAUACCAUGGAUACCUUUGUUGAUUCAUCUUGGUACUAUCUGCGCUUCUUGGACCCUGCGAACAAGGAUGCUCCAUUCUCGCCUUCCGUUGUGCGGCCUGUGGAUGUGUACAUCGGUGGCGUGGAGCAUGCUAUCUUGCAUCUGCUCUAUGCUCGAUUCAUUUACAAGUUCCUUGCCCAAUCAGAGCUGUUCCCGGCGAUCUCUCACUCGGACGAAGCUCCUGCGGAGCCUUUCAAGACUCUUCUUUCACAGGGCAUGGUCCACGGUAAAACAUUCACGGAGCCUUCGACUGGUCGAUUCUUGCUCCCGUCCGAAGUGGACUUGUCUUGCCCUGACAAGCCUCUGAUCAAGGGCACCACGAUCACGCCCAAUGUAUCCUUCGAGAAGAUGUCAAAGAGCAAGUAUAAUGGCGUUGAUCCCACCGUUUGCGCCACCAAGUAUGGUGCCGAUGCCACCCGCGCUCAUAUCCUCUUCUCCGCGCCCGUCAGUGAAGUUUUAGAGUGGGACGAGACCAAGAUUGUCGGCGUGGAGCGUUGGUUCGGUCGACUAUGGAAGCUCGUCCACGACGCGCAACAGACUCUGGCUAGCGCAUCCUUUGCUAUCGAUGCGGCUGACCUGGACACUUCUUCCGGCCACAUCCUCUCUCUCCCGCCCUCACUCCAAGACCUGAGCGAUUCCGAUGCCGAUGCCGUUCUGGCAACACACAACAUCAUAUCAUCUGUGACAGCAUGCAUCGAGUCAAACCCCUAUGGUCUGAACACCGUCAUCUCCGACCUGAUCAAACUGACCAACGCCCUAUCAUCGGCUCCACCCUCCUCCCCUCUGGCCCUCUAUCUGUCCAUCUCUUCACUCCUCCGCCUGCUCUCCCCCAUCGCCCCAGCCCUUUCAUCCGAAUCUUGGGAAAUCCUCCACGAACCCCUCCUCAAAAACACCAACCCCUCAAGCCCCAUCCCACCAAUUCUUUCCGCUCCAUGGCCCACCUUGCUCCUCACCCCAGAACAGGCAGAAGCCCUCUCCGCCCGCGGCGGCCAAACCGUCGCAGUCCAGAUCAACGGGAAACUGCGCUGCGCCGUGACUAUCCCACGUAUGGACUCGCCCACAAUCACUUCUUCUAAGGGUAAAGGUCCGUCGCAGGAAGAGCAGGACUGGAUUGUUAGUCGGGUUCUGGAAACUGCCGAAGGCAAGUUGUGGCUUCGGGAGAAGAACGAUUGGGAGAAGAGGAAGAGGGUUAUUGUUGUUAAGGGUGGGAAGUUGGUGAAUAUAGUGUUUUAGGUUGGCUUUGUCUUGUCUUUGAAGUGUAUUGCAUUGUGUUGCAUUUGCAUUUGCAUUGUUCGGGUCUUCCGUGUAUGGUUAGCUUUCUCCAUUCUGAAACUUGUAUUUAUAUGUAAAAAUAGAACUGUACAUUAGAUAUUGAUAUCCAUAUAUUUAUGAGGGAGGUACUGAU